ACAAAGUUGGCAUUAUUCAGAUAAACUAGGGUAAUUGUGGUUACUUUCCACUGUAUUUCUAUUUCCAAUAAAAUUAAUAUUUGCUCCAAAGUAUUGAAAUAUCGAUAUUUUGAUAAGAUAAUCGAUUCUAAAACAUACAAAGCUAAGCUGGUAUCGGAGAUAUCGAUAUUUUAGUAUCGAUCCGCACAUCACAACUAAACGGUCAUAACGAACUUCGACGACGGAGAUGAGCAGCAGAGGGUUUUCAAGCUUACAGGAUGCAUGACACCAGAGAAAUGGAGGACGAGGCGUCCGUUCAUUCUCCUAAGCAGUGAAAUGUCCGGAUAUGGAAAGCAAUUUUUUCCCUUUUUCCCAUGCCUGGCAGCAGUAAUGUAGUGUCUGUUUGAGCUGUUUUUCAACUCUGCCAUCUCAGAGCUGGUCUUCAUGAGAUACAUUCUGGAUGUGAUCUUCAUAAUCUGCAUCAUUUUAGGCUUUUUCAUUGGAUAUGAAGUCCAGGGAGUGGUUAUUACAGACCCGAAGAAAGUCCGGAAAAAAUACCUUAGGACUUGGUUUUUAUUGGAUCUUUUGUCUGUUUUACCCUUCGAAGCAUGUUCACCCAUAUAUGAGGUUUCUGGAGGCCAGUAGAUGUCUAAGAGUGUUCAGAUUGUUUAGUAUCAUUUCCUAUUUCAGUAAGGAACCAGAUACCAACAAGGCCCUACUCACAGCGUUCAGGAUGUUUUCCAUUAUGGCCCUGUCUGUACAAAUCUCAGCCUAUCUUUGUCUUCUGUGCAUUAGGAUGGUCACGUUCUUUGUCCACUCUGUCCUCUUUGUCCACUGUGGAGCGAUCCUCUGCAUUUCUUUUGCUGAGAUUUAUGGAGUCAUGUCAUGGAUUUCUGAAAUAGUAGGAAAGACUAAAGUGAAGAAGAGCAACCGUGUCUUGUCUUUCUUCAGAAGGGCAUGGAAGGCUGUGAAGGCAAAGUUUCAGAGGAACAGAGAAACUGGGGACUCGUCACAGCCGAAUCCAGAAAUAUUUGAUGUCCCCGAUCCCAGAGAUCCUGAACGCAUUUCCCGCCUGCAGGAUCGCCUGGAAAAAUGUGCUCUGGAGUGGACACCGGUCACUGAGGUCUGGCCCAACGUCUUCAUAGGAAAUGUGAAGACGGCCAGAGACCCAGCCAGACUGGAGGAGAUGAACAUCACACACCUCCUGAACGCUGCACCAGAGCUGGAAGAUGAAACGUCUAAAAAUCUAUGGGAAAAGGUUUACAAAGACAUGAACAUCACUUCCCACAGACUGGCUGCAGCCGAUGAUGGAUGGUUUGAUGUCACCAAACACUUUUUCCCAGCGGCAGACUUCAUUCAUAAAGCCCUGAGCAAAGCACAGAAUAAGGUGUUGGUGUGCUGCCUGCAGGGCAUCAGCCGCUCCGCCACACUUUUCCUGGCAUAUUUGAUGAUACACUGCAAGAAAACCCCAGAGGACUCCAUUGACCUGGUGACACAGAAGAGAUUUAUCCGGCCAAACGGUGACUUCUUGAGGAAAUUAACAAUCCUCGCAGAGCAGCGAAACUUAGUUGAAAGUGACGCAGCGAAGAACAGAAGCAACCCUGCUGUAGAUAAACCUGACCCUGAAGUGGAGUCUGUUGAUUCAGAGGAACUGUAUGUUUGUGAGCCGUACGGUCUUGAACCAGUCACGAUGAUUUCACACUUACACGUCCCUGAAUCCUUCUCCAAACUGGACGAGUCUGCUUUAGAGCCCGAUCCAGAACCAGUGUGUGUCCCAGGUCCGAGUGGUUAUAAACCCAAACCUAAGGCAGUGGAAUCAGGGGAACUGUGUGUCUCUGACCCGAGUGGUCCUAAACCAGAACCACAAACUGCAGAGAAGAUUUCAUUGUUGCAUUUACAUUUCACCAAAAAUAUUUCCGACCUGGACAAGCAACAAAAAAAAGAGAGGAAGCCCUGGACCCCCAUCGCUAGUGUCUUGGACAACCUCCACAUUGGAAGCCAGAAAAUAGCAAUGAAUAAAGUUAAACUGAAGAGGAGAGGAAUUACACACGUCCUGAACACUUUACCCAAUGUGGCAAGUCAAGAUGCAUUGAGGAAGAAACAGGCCAAGCUGUACAAAAAAAUGGACAUCUCCUACCACAGAGUGUUUUCAAGAGACGAGGACCCACUCGAGUUGACCAGCCUUGUCCUCCCAGUGGUAGAACACAUCCACAAGAUUCUGAGCAGCCCAAAGAAUCAGCUGCUGGUGCACUGUGAACAGGGUUUGGGUCGCUCCUGCUUUUUCGUGGUGGCAUAUCUGAUGAUAUACCAUGAAAAAACAAUGACGGAUGCCAUUGACGUUGUGAAGCAGUGGAAACGCAUUAGGAUGACCAGAGACUUCCUGACGCAGCUAGUUGUGUUCGCUUGUCACCACAAACAGCAGCAACAGACGGGUUUGACGGCAGAGUGUUCAACUGUCAACAUGAACCACCCUCAAAUCAUUUCCCGAAUGCAGCAACGUUUCCUCAAACAUUCACAGGACUGGACUCCUGUCAGUGAAGCCUGGCCCAAUGUCUUCAUAGCUGACGAGAAAACAGCGAGGAACAAAGCCAAACUUAAGGAGAUGAACAUUACGCACAUUGUGAACGCUAUGCCGUUGUGUUCAAAGGAAAAGAAAUGGGAAGACUACUACCAGAAGAAGAACAUCACGUACUACAAUGUGCAUUCGAGAGUCCUUGACCGGCCAAAUAUUGCACAGCACUUUUCACCAGCAGCAGACUUCAUACAAAAGGCCCUGAGUGACACAAAGAGUAAGGUGUUGGUGUACUGCAGCGAGGGCAUAGACCAGUCCGUAGUGCUUCUUAUGGCAUAUCUAAUGAUCCACCAGGACAUGAAGCUGGAAGAUGCAUUUGAAUUUGUGUUAGAGAAGAGAAGCAUGUGGAUAAGCAGGGACUACUUGAACCAGCUGAUGAUGUUAAAUCUAGACCUUGCAAAGCUUCGCAAAUUGGAAAGUUGUAAACCCUGCUGCAAAGCCUGCUACGAAGCUAUCAUGCGACUAAAUCAAAUGUAACA